AUGUCCGAAACCCAAGAAAACCAAGAUUCACCCCCCCUCUUUACAGCACUAACGACCUCCUCCCGUCAAAUCCUCACACUCCUAAAAUGCAUCGGCUUCCAAUCCAAGGCUCAGUUACAAAUCUCGGCCGACGGUCUCCGCGUCACGGUUGAGGACUCGCAUGCCAUGCAAGGUCCCCUCGCAUCGAUCCGCCCUUCCCCCCAAGCUUCCCUUAUACUGACCGGCACUAGGCCACGCUUUCAUUGACAAGAAUCUGUUCAACACCUACACCUUCCAUCCACCACCGCACUUGACGGAGCAUUUGGAAGAAGAUGAGGACCCAGUUGUGCAGUUUGGUAUCAGCUUGACAGCGUUACUUGAGUGUCUGCAGAUAUUUGGCGGAGGGGAUGCUGGCGGUGGCGGGAAAUGGCGAGGCGGCGGAGGCAGAGCUGGGGGAGGCGGAGACGGCUGGUCAGGGGGGACCGCCGGAGUAAGUGCCUUCGACCACGGCAUCUUGAGAAUUGCCGGGACGUGUAGGUUUCUAUACGAGGAAGGUGCUCCUUUAUGCUUGACGUACCUCCCCCUCCACCCCCUUCCCUCCCUUCCGAAAUCCCCAAAUAACUAACUACGAAUGACACCCACCAGCCUAGAGGAACCCCCAAUAACAACCACCUGCGAAUUAACAGCUUACACCCCGGCCCCCCUCCCCGACAUCCCCCUCUCCCCAACACUAACCCGGAAAAUCAUCCUAAAAUCCUCCCUCCUCCACGAUGCCAUCACUGAACUCUCCUCCUCCUCUGCCCUCCUCCCCUCUUCCUCCUCCCUCCUAGUAAUCUUCACAUCCCCAACACCGCCCCACUUCACACUCUCCUCCACCUCCCCACUCGGUACCACAACAGUCCAAUUCAGCAACGACGGAGACCUCCUGGAAACCUUCAUGGUGGGGGAACGUGCAAAGGACGUGUACCGCUUCGACCUCGUCAGGCACGCGCGUGUAGCCAUGGCAGUCGCGACGAAGGUUAGUGUCCGGAGCGACGAGGCGGGCGUGCUCAGUUUGCAGUUCAUGGUGGAGUGGGAGGGGCGCGCGAGUUUUGUGGACUUUAGGUUUUUG